GAAUUGCUGGCUGGGAGGGUGGGCAGGCCCUGGCACAGGUUGGGCAGAGAAGCUGUGGCUGCCCCUGGAUCCCUGGAAGUGUCCAAGGCCAGGGUGGACGGGGCUUGGAGCAACCUGUGCUGGUGGAAGGUGCCCCUGCCCAUGGCAGGGGAGUGGGACUGGUUGGUCUUUAAGGAUCCGACGCAAACCAGUCUGUGAUUCCACGAUCCGGGGAGCAGCUUUGCCAAGGAGCCGCACGCAGGAGCCCGUUGUCAGUGGUUACCGGCACAACAGAGCUCCUGCCCCUCUCCCUCCUGCCCAUCCCUGCGGCCCCUCCCGGUGUUGCUGCCCAGGACCAGCUGCUCCACACGGGCUGCUCUCGGGAGCCAUUCAGCACUAAACGCACGUUCGUGGUGGGUUUUUUUUUUUUCCCCUAACCCCAAUAGCAGGCACGAGUGUUGCUCCCAAACACCAGCUGGCAAGGUGUGAGAUGCUGUCUGGCAGCUGAGAGCUCGGGAAGCGUGAGAAAAAUCCCGCAUGGAUCUCGGGAGCACCGCGUUUAUAUUCCCCUCGUGUUGUCUCAUUAGCGCAGGGACUUGCUUUCACACGAACAUUACCAGCAAAAAUAAUUGCCUAAUGUAAUUAAAGCUCCUGGCUCUUUAAGUUUGAUGGGUGAUAAAGGAGGGCCUGGUGUCUCUGUGAAUUAAAAGCUUGCAUGGUUGCACAGGCUCACUGGAUCUGUCUCCUCGUGGUGGCCCCCGGGGAUUUGGACACACAUCCUCCUUUGUGGCCCUCAUGUUUUAUGCAGCCCAGGCCCAGAAAAAAACUGAGAGAAGUGUAAAGAAUUUACACGCAGUGACUGACCUCGAGCCCAGUCUCUCUGACGUUACUGGCAGCUCAGACACACUAAAUUUAUUUCCUUUCUUCCAGAAAGUCAGUGAACUGCUACUAAAUUUAGUCAGCGUUCCAGUAUUUACAGAGAUUUUGCCGUGAUAUUCCCAGUGAAAUGCUGCUGUUUGUGUCCAUGGAGCAGGAAUGGAAAGCAAAUGUGCUUCUCUUAGCAAGACACGGAUGCAGAGCCUGUUUGGGAUGGGUUUCAUGUUUGCUGUGCUGGGGGUUUGCUCUGAUGAGAAUCAUGUGUGCAGCGAGUUGUUUCAUGCACUGCGGAGUCUCGGAUGACUGGGAUUAUGUUCUCCCAAUUUAACAAGGUUAUCCAUUUAAUAAAUGGAGAGAGAUGAGUCAGAGCACAACCCCAGAUCCGUGUCUGGUGAAUUUAACAAGUAAGGACAGUCGGAAUCUGACCCUUCCACUCUGGAAGGAAUCCUUACUGAGCAGCCCAUGCAAUUACAGUUUUCAUUCCCUUCACGUUUAGAGUGUUAGAAUCGGAGGAAACAACAUUAUCAGCGUGACACUGGACCUUCCACUUGAGAAACUGGAAUUCAGUGCUAAUUUUUCCUGCUUUAAGAAGGUCCUGAGAGGGUGUAAAUUACAUUUAAGGCCGUUUUUUAGUGCACAGCGAUGUGGGUGCCUGAGGGAGCCUGGCAUGCACUGAGAUCUGAUUCAGCAGCUUUAAUUCACUGCUAAAUGCAAAGGGAAGGGGAGUCACUCCAGGGAUUGGGGUGAGUGUGGGUGAUCCCUAUGGCAGGUCACAGGUAUUCCCUGCAUUUACCACGUGCCAUCUCUGCACAGGCAGCGGGAAGAGCCGCCAAAUCCACCAGGACGGUUGUCAUUGCUGGUGUCCCAGAUGGCCUUCUGCAGGAUGAUGUCAUGGCUGACAUCCUCACCAUCCACUUCCAAAAGUCGGGGAAUAACGGUGGAGACGUGGAAGAAGUGACUUACCCAACAGGGAACAAAGGAGUCGCAUACGUAACCUUUGAAGAUCAGGAAGUUGUGGGGAGUGUCCUGAGGAAGGAUGACCAUCGCCUGGAAGACAAGAGGCUGUCCCAGUCCUAUCCCCUGCGAGUGACCCCGUACUGUGAGAAGGUCUUCAGCUCUGUCACAUCUGUCCUCAGCAUGGGUGUUUUCAAAGGCCAGUUUGUUUUGGAGGAUCUGGUGGCAGAAAUGAAGAAGCAGAGCAGGGAUUUGAGCUUCGGGCCGUUGCACUCCGACGGCUGGAUCGCUGUCCAGGGCUCCUUUCCGGCAAUCAAAGCACUCAGAGACUUCCUCUUGCUAAAAGCCAAAUCCCUCUCAGAGAAGGACAAGAGAGGGGAAAGUAAAUCCCAUCAGAGACCGAGGAGGAGGCUACAGGAACACAGAAGCACCACGGAGAUGAGGAAUUCCGUUCCUGAUGGAGAUGGGGGGAAAGAAGUGGUUGUUCUUGACACGGAUAUUUAUCACUACAUGAAGCACUUCUUUCCCUGGAUAUUCCAAGAAGAUGGUGUUGUAGUCUCUGCUGUCACUGAUGGUGAUAUAACUACAGUGUGUGUUGAGAACGCUGGAAGGGCUGAUGCUGGACAGGUAUCGAGUGUCAAGAAGAAAAUUGAAGAUCAGUCCAUAAAACUCCACAGCACUUUACGGAAAAUAAGGAUCCCCUUAAAGGAACGCACCAGAGACGAAAAGCAGAGGCACAAAGGGGUGUGUGAAAGGCUAAAAUCCUGUUACCCUCAGGUUCUGGUCGUUCCUUACGAUGCUCACAUCGAGGUGAUAGGGUUUUCUUCAGACAUUUUUAAGGUCACCGAGGAAAUGAGCACCGGGUAGAAAGGGAACGCUCACAUCUCUGCUCUCCCUGCUUCUCACACGGACUGUGGCACUGCAGAUCUCCCACUGUGGCACUGCAGAUCUCCCACCCUGCGGGCUGAGAGGGGGGAACUCUGCACAUGAGGGUGAGCAGGCCCUCCGUGGCACUGGGAGGUCUUCACAGUAGAAAAUAGGCAUUUUGUUUCCAUAGGAGCAGGAACGUUUCUCUUCCAGCUGUAAUGGCUUCUGCAGCAUCUCUUGACAACACUUUAUUCAGACAUGAAUGUCCAAAGGUUUGAUGUGAAAGUCUGGAGGCAUUUGGGCUUUUGAAUCAGGUUCUGUUUAGGCAAAUCUGUUUCUAUAUCCAUUGCAAGGGUUCAAAGACUUUUUUUUUUUAAAACCAGUUUAGAAAAUAGCUCUUAUUUUGUGGUAUCAGUGUGCCCAGAAUCUUUAGUCAAAUCAUCCAGAGCACUCAUGUAUGAUGAGCAGAAAAGUUUUAGGUUUUUAAUGCCAUUAAAGAAGUGACUUGUACAAAACACCGUGUCCGUGUUCUUUUAACCAAAUCCCAGAUUUUUGGUUGGAAGCCCAAACCUGAAGCCCCAGAAUUGCUUUGGGCAUUUUCUUGUCAUGACUGAUUAUCCGUUGCAAUU